AUGCAUAGCCAAAGACACACCCCUCUUCACCUCUCGGACAUAGAGGCUCAACGAUGGGGCUCAGAGCAUUCAGAGCCACCGGGAGACAAUCAAGAGCAUUCAGAGCCACCGGGAGACAAUCAAGAGCAUUCAGAGCCACCGGGAGACACUCAAGAGCAUUCAGAACCACCGGGAGACACUCAAGAGCAUUCAGAACCACCGGGAGACACUCAAGAGCAUUCAGAACCACCGGGAGACAAUCAAGAGCAUUCAGAACCACCGGGAGACACUCAAGAGCAUUCAGAGCCACCGGGAGACACUCAAGAGCAUUCAGAACCACCGGGAGACAAUCAAGAGCAUUCAGAGCCACCGGGAGACACUCAAGAGCAUUCAGAGCCACCGGGAGAUAAUCAAGAGCAUUCAGAGCCACCGGGAGACAAUCAAGAGCAUUCAGAGCCACCGGGAGACAAUCAAGAGCAUUCAGAACCACCGGGAGACAAUCAAGAGCAUUCAGAGCCACCGGGAGACACUCAAGAGCAUUCAGAGCCACCGGGAGAUAAUCAAGAGCAUUCAGAGCCACCGGGAGACAAUCAAGAGCAUUCAGAACCACCGGGAGACAAUCAAGAGCAUUCAGAACCACCGGGAGACACUCAAGAGCAUUCAGAACCACCAAGAAACAAUCAAGACCCCUCCAAAACCACUGGGAAACAAGACUGGAACAAGACAGGAAAGGCUCAACACAAAGUACCAAGGACAAAUGAGAGAGUGAAGAGAGCCGUCGUCUCUCAAGGAGCACGAGACGAGAGAGGACGAGCUCACAUCGUUACCUCAGCUCAGAUCAUUACCUCAGCUCACGUCGUUACCUCAGCUCAGAUCAUUACCUCAGCUCACAUCAUUACCUCAGCUCAGAUCAUUACCUCAGCUCACAUCGUUACCUUAGCUCAGAUCAUUACCUCAGCUCACAUCAUUACCUCAGCUCAGAUCAUUACCUCAGCUCACAUCAUUACCUCAGCUCAGAUCAUUACCUCAGCUCACAUCGUUACCUCAGCUCAGAUCAUUACCUCAGCUCACAUCAUUACCUCAGCUCAGAUCAUUACCUCAGCUCACGUCGUUACCUCAGCUCAGAUCAUUACCUCAGCUCACAUCAUUACCUCAGCUCAGAUCAAUACCUCAGCUCACAUCGUUACCUCAGCUCACAUCGUUACCUCAGCUUUUAUCGUUCCUUCAUCUCAGAUCUUCCUGUCAGUUAAAAUUGUUCCCUCAGCCCAGAUAUUUUCUUCUUGUCAGCUUAAAAUUAACAAACUAAACGAUUAA